CUCCACACUUCUUCUUUUUGAGCUCCGCCGCAGAGCGAGGAGGGUCAACCGAGCUCAAAGUAGCUUCCACGGCCUGCCGGGACUCGUGUCAGGAGCAAAAUUUACUUGGAAGAGGCGAAGGCGACUCCAAGAUGAGCAAAAGGCUGAUCGUGAGCCCAGACCCGUUCCCUCAUGAGACGGACUGGUUGGAUUUGCUGACGUGGCUCAACACUCUCCUGAAGACCAAAUUCUGCCGCUUGCAGCACGUAUGUUCAGGUGCGUGUCACUGCCAGAUCAUGGACUGCGUCAUCCCGGGCUCAAUCGACAUGACCAAGGUCAAGUUUGACGCGAAGGCCGAGCACGACUGCAAGCACAACUACGGUCUCCUCCAAGAGGCCUUCACCAAGAACCACAUCACAAGGAAAAUUCCAUCUGAUGAGCUCAUAAAGGGGGAUUUUAAAAUCAACUUUGAGUUCCUCUUAUGGUUCAAAGCCUUCUACGCGGCCAACGCCACAGAGGAAGAAUACGACGCGGUGAACGCUCGCGACAACCGCGAGAUCAGCCUGUACCUGCCGUCGAGCUGCUCGGCAAAAAGCGGCGCUAAACAGGACCAGCCCACGAAAGUCGGCACACCCAAGAAAAGCGGCCCACUGGCCCUCAGCAAGGACCUGGAAAUCGGCGACCAAGGCGGCGAGAGUGAAGGCUUGACGGAGAGCGGCGAUAGCAGGAAAACGGCACAAGGCAUAAACGAGAUACGCGACGGGCCGCUUGGAGAGAAUGGCAACCCUUGUAAAAAGCCCCUGGAAAAUGGAGAUAAAGAAUCUCUGCGCGACAGCGAAGGCGUCACGGAGAGCAACGACGAACCCAUGUCGGACGGCGCCGAUGACAAAAAAGCAGCACGAGAACGGAACGAGCGCUACAUGAGCGCGAUAAAGCCGUGUCACGUACUCCUCACUAAACUAAAAGACCUGAACAUAAACAACAAACACGACGACGCGCGUGGAGAGAGCGACGACUCUGGCGAGAAGGAACGAGCGCCCUCGCGCCGCCAUAAAGCGUUCAGGACACAACGGAAAGCGGCCUACCAGGACGGGAAAGGCUUUCUGGCCGGAGAGCUCGUGUGGGGGAAAAUCGAGGGCUGCCCCUGGUGGCCCGGUUUGGUCAUCCCGUGGAAGAAGACGUUUGCGCCGAAAGCUUUGCGCAGGAUCGAGUGGUUCGGAGAUGGAACCUACUCAAAGAUCAAAACUGACGCUUUGCGGCCUUUCCGCGAUUUCACGGCAAAUUUUUGCAAAAGUUCCUUUUCCAGCCUGCCCAGCUACCAGGAGGCCAUCUUCCACGUCAUUGAGCUGGCAAGCGAACGCUGCGACAAGUCCUUCGAAGAGGCAAAAGGAGACAAGGAAAAAGAACUGAAUCUGAUGCUGGACUGGGCCCUGAAAGGAUUUCUGCCGACAGGACCGGAGGGAUUCGCGCCACUUGCUCAUCAAGAUUCUGCGAAAUUGGAUUCGGACUCCGCUCAUUCUGACUGGCAGCCGCCGGUGAAAAAGAAAUUUGCUUCCAAGAGCAGGGCCAGCACCUCCAGCUACGUUUUCACAAGAGACGUUUUAAUUAGGAGACUUAAAGACAAAGGCACGAAACUCAAAGAUUGCUGUUUGUGUUGCGGGUCCCCCGAGAUCGAAGCGCAGCACCCGUUGUUCGAAGGCGGUCUCUGUUUCAGAUGCAAGGAGAACUUCACGGAAACGCUGUAUCGCUACGAUGAAGACGGCUACCAGUCAUACUGCACCGUGUGCUGCGGGGGGUCGGAGGUCAUUCUUUGCGGCAACUCCGGCUGCUGCAGAUGUUUCUGCAAGGAGUGUCUGGAGAUCCUGGUGGAACGAGGAACCUUUAACAAACUGAAAGAGGUGGACCCGUGGAGCUGCUUCGUGUGCCAGCCGGCGCAGUGCCAGAAGAACCUCAAGCUCAGGCCGGACUGGAGCGUUCGGGUCCAAGUCUUCUUUGCCAACAACAGCGCGAUGGACUUUGACCCUCACAGAGUUUACCCGUCCAUCGCCGCUGACAAGCGCAGGCCGCUGAAGGUCCUUUCGCUGUUUGACGGCAUCGCAACAGGAUACCUGGUGCUCAAAGACCUCGGCUUCAAGCUGGAGCGCUACAUCGCCUCGGAGAUCUGCGAAGAUUCCAUCGCGGUGGGCAUGGUCAAGCACAAGGGCAAGAUCGAAUACGUCAACGAUGUCCGCACCAUCACGAGGAAACACUUGGCUGAAUGGGGCCCGUUCGACCUGCUGAUCGGAGGAAGUCCGUGCAAUGACCUCUCCAUCGUCAACCCGCUGCGAAAAGGAUUAUUUGAGGGCACCGGAAGGCUCUUCUUUGAAUUCUACCGCAUUCUGACGCUGUUGAAGCCAAAGGAGGGUGACGACCGGCCGUUUUUUUGGCUCUUUGAGAACGUGGUGUUCAUGUCCACCAGAGACAAGACGGACAUCUGCCGAUUCCUGGAGUGCAAUCCGGUUCUGAUCGACGCCGUGAGCGUCAGCCCUGCGCACCGAGCGCGCUACUUCUGGGGAAACCUCCCGGGCAUGAGCAGACCUCUGAGCACGUCGCUGGAUCAAAAACUGUCUCUUCAGGAUUGUCUGGAAGCCGGCCGCGUGGCAAAGCUGGACAAAGUGCGAACCAUCACGACAAAGUCAAACUCGCUCCGGCAAGGGAAGUUGGGGCUUCCUGUCGUCAUGAACGGCAAAGAGGACUUCCUGUGGCUAACUGAAAUGGAGCAGAUUUUUGGCUUCCCCAAACACUACACGGACGUGAACAACAUGGGCCGCGUGCAGCGCCAGAGGGUCCUGGGGCGCUCCUGGAGCGUCCCGGUCGUCCGCCACCUCCUGGCGCCGCUCAAGGAUUAUUUCGAAUGCGAGGAGCAGCAGUGAAGUCGGUGAAGCUGCAAAAGUCCAAAGUUCUAAAGGGCAUACUUACUCACGCGAGGCCUGGCCAGGAACAAUGACCAGAGCACACGGAGAAAACCCGCACAAGCACGGGGGUCCGUUUUUAUGUCCUUUUUUGUUUUAUUGGGUAUUUUUGAAAUUAGGGAGUUUGCAAUUUGAAAAAAACUUUACCAUAAUUUCCGGCCUACAAGAUGGAACUUUUUUUUUUUUUUUACAUGAUUUCAACCCUCUGGUUUAUGCGCGGGGCUAGCGUUAGCGCGUCUCGUUAUAAGCCACAGUAAACAGAAAGAGUUUAACGCUAGCGCCACUAACGCGAGCACCGCGCUAACGCGUCUGGUUAUCAGCCACAGUAAACAGAAAGAGUUUAAAGAGUUUAACGCUAGCGCCACUGACGCUAGCACCGCGCUAACGCUAGCACCGCGCUAGCAUUAAUCUUUUUCUGUGUACUGAGGUUUAUAAGCAGGUGCGCUCUGUAGGCCAGAAAUUAUUGUAUUCCAUAUUUGCUAAAACAGUCAGUAUAA